UAUAAAAUCUUUCUCUAGCAGCAAUACACAUGCUUUUCUUCACCAUUUCGUCAGUUUUCUGUUCAAUCGCCCACUAAACACGUUUGAAAAUGCUUCCAAUCGGCGAGUUGAUCUUUUGUGAAUCCCACCACCUUAACGAUGAUUGAAGGAUUUGGUCUGAUAUGAUCACAUUGAUUUAUUGUUUAAUUUUAUUGUUUUACUAUUUCACUAUUUCUUUAUUUCUUUACGCUACUAUUCGUUAUCCCAAUGCAUCCAACUCUUUCGCGAUAUUGUACUAUCUCGCUUUUUGGUUCCAUCAUUCUCUUCAUGCCCACUGUUAUCCCGGUUUUUUAGUAGAAUACCUUCAUCGCAUCUCAUAUAUAUCAUUAAUACCCUUCUUUUAUACUGGUUUUCACCAAUCAUUUAUACCCUCAUCUCUCAUUCUUUUCGCUUCUCUUUCUUUCCUUCUUCUCUUCUCGUUUUUGACCUUUUUCCUUUAAAAGAAUAUUAUCGAAUCUUAAAUCCUGUAUCGAUCGACACUUUUUCAAAGACUAUCACCAUAAUUACAUGUACUGGGUUUGUCUUUUAACAAUAAACAUUUCCAAUUACUAAUAUUUUUUUUUUUGGUUCUUUUAUAUUCC